GAGGGAGAGAGCAAGAAAGAAAAAGUGUGUGCCUUUAAGAGAGAGAGCGAGAGAGAUCCUUCUUUGUAGGAGGCAACAGUUGGGGACAGAGGCGGGGGAAGGUGUAAACUUUCUUUGUACAUCACAAUUCACAAUGCUAAGAUUUCUCUUUCUUCCCUUUGAUCUCAUACAUCAUUCAGGAACAUUGAAGAUCUGUUGAGACGAAGCAGUUAACGGGAAAGGUUGAAUUUCCAGCCUCUGGAAAUUCACCUUUCUUGGAAAAAUGCAAUCACUUUCUAGUACUACUACGUCCAACAAAAAUGGCACUAAUUCUCUGACUCCUAAUGGAACUCCCCCUCCUCCUCCUCCUCCUUCAACUAAUUCUUCAUCUUCACCACCCCCAUCACCGCCGCCACAAUCUCCUCCACCUUCCUCCCCACCCCCGCAACCACAAUCUCCUUCUCUGCCUGAAAAUUCUCCUCCUCCUUCAUCACCACCACCAACCAUAAAGGACUCUCCUCCUCCAUCAUCACCACCACCUCCGGCAGCUUCUGAGCCACCGCCAGCACUCUCACCUCCACCGCCAUCCACUUCGGCACCACCACCUGCUUCUCCCGAUACGCCUCCUCCCCCACCCACAUUUUCUCCCCCGCCUCCUGUUUCCUCAGAACCACCUCCAUCACCUGCUGCAAAGUUAUCUCCUCCUCUACCGCCUUCAGAAAAACCAGCUGGUGGCGAUCCACCUAAUUCAGAAAAAUCAGUCGGCGUACCCCAUUCAGAAAAAUCAGCAGCAGCUGGUUCUUCAGGAAGCAACAAUGGCUCGCCACCGGCUGCUUCAGGUUCGUCGGAUAUGAUUAUAGUUGCAGGAAUAGCGGUGGCAGGAGUACUGGUUCUUGCUAUUAUCAUUGUUUGCAUCGUGUACUGGAGAAGGAAGAAGAAAGAACCCUACUAUACAGAUCCUAUUCCUGGACUUCCACCUAAAGGUAGUAAUGAUCCGUACUACAAAGGUCCUAAGCCCAUGGAACACAUUAUUAAGGUUCCUUCCGCACCUAAUCUAAGUAGCGAUAACAGCUCUACCGUCUAUGGCCAAGCUCUUGUGCCAUCGCCAAGUUUUGGUGGGUUCUCACAAAGCCAGUUCACUUAUGAGGAGCUAGCUAUAGCAACUUCUGGAUUUUCUAAGGCCAAUAUUUUAGGCCAAGGUGGUUUUGGGUAUGUACACAAAGGUGUUUUGGUUAAUGGAAGGGUGGUAGCUGUCAAGAGCUUGAAGUCGGGCAGUGGACAAGGUGAACGAGAAUUUCAGGCAGAGGUUGAGAUCAUUAGCAGAGUUCAUCAUCGCCACCUUGUUUCUCUUGUUGGAUAUUGCAUUGCUGAUAGCCAGCGAAUGUUGGUCUAUGAGUAUGUUCCGAACAAAACCUUGGAUUUCCAUCUUCAUGGGAAGGGACAUCAUGUUAUGGAUUGGGGAACAAGACUUAAAAUUGCAUUGGGAUCAGCCAAAGGAUUAGCUUAUCUCCAUGAAGAUUGCCAUCCAAAAAUUAUCCACCGUGACAUAAAGGCUGCAAACAUUCUACUUGAGGACAACUUUGAAGCUAAGGUGGCAGAUUUUGGAUUGGCUAAACUUUCUUCUGAUAACUUCACUCAUAUUUCCACCCGUGUUAUGGGAACUUUCGGGUACUUGGCUCCUGAAUAUGCAUCAAGUGGCAAGCUAACAGACAAAUCAGAUGUAUUUUCAUUUGGAGUUGUGCUUUUGGAACUCAUAACUGGGAAGAAACCUGUUGAUCCUAGCAAUAUGGUGGAAGACAGCUUAGUAGACUGGGCUAAGCCCCGUCUUAAAAGAGCCUUAGAAGAGGGAAAUUAUGAUGAACUUGUAGGUGCUCCCCUUGAAGGAAACUUUCCAGAUGAGUUGCAUCGGUUAGUUGCCUGUGCUGCUGCUAGCACUCGUCAUUCUGCUAGAAGACGCCCAAAGAUGAGUCAGAUUGUACGAGCCUUGGAUGGCGAUUCAUCUUUGGAAGACUUGAGCGAUCGUUCAAAGCCAAGUGGGAGCUCUGUGUCCUAUGAUACUGGUGCAUGCAAUGCUGACAUGAUCAAGUUUAGGAAAAUGGUGAUACCAAGCCAAGAAUUCGAUAGCAGUGAAUAUGGAGCGACAAGUGAGUAUGGACUCAACCCUUCCUCUUCGUCAAGCAGUGACUCCGGAGAGUUUGGUUAUCAUAAGGGGGGUAGAAGAUGAAUCGCUCAAUAAUAGCUAAAUCCUGAAGCUUGAGAGUCUUUGAACAAAAAGACCACUUUGAUUUCUUCCUUAUAACAGAUCCAAUGAAUGGAGCUUACUCUUUCUUAAUUUUUGUCAAAUACUGAACUGCAUGUAAAAACUAGAGUUCAUAACAGUGAAAUAUGCUUUAUGUACUACUCUUUUUUGUCUCAAUAUUGUACAAUAGGUUCCAACACUCAAGAGAAAAA